AUGCUGGUUGGCGCCUCCAUUGUUGUCAACGCGGCAGUGACCACGCGCAAAGCUGUCAGCUUCCUCCAAGAUGUUGCCAAGAUCGAAGAGGAUGGAUACUUUCUUUGGAAGUUGGUGGACUCAGUCACGGCUCCACUUGAGACAGCUGUUCAGCUAUCCACGCGCUACGCCGCCUGCGGCGUGCUGGAGCCGGCCAUAGAUUUGAUCCGCUUUACCCUGAGAGCAGUGGAACAUGUUCUUGAGCGCGAUGAUGAUGAGCUGGGCAGACCAGAGGACAAGGCAGGAACAACAAGGAUUCUUCAGCUGCAGCCAAAGGUGUCGAUGGCGCUGAGUGCUCUGCAGGCAGCUUUAGCUACGGUAGAACUCCGAAGCCCAGGGCUUGGAAAGUCGCCCUUCGUUUACCUGGAGGCUGCAGCAGAAGAUGCUUACAGACUCCUGCAAGAGUUCGAGUUUGGUCGACUUGCAGAGGGCAGAGCAGUGGCCGCAGGUCGCCUCCACUGCAAUGUCGAUGACAGAGCUCGGAAGCUGCCAAGUGUGGCUCGAGCAGCAGCCGCGCUUCAUCCUUCGGCUGCUGUCCAGCUGUGGAGAAGCUUGGCUCGCACUCCUGUUGCUGCUUUCACGAUCCAUGCACGAAGCAAUGUUUGGAUGCAGGAAUGGGAUUCCAUUUCCUUUCCAGUACAGCAGCAUACUUUCCGCUUCCAGCGGGCGCAGAAAGGCUCGAUUGAUGGCUUGUACGCUGCAGCGAGCGAAGUGCAAACUCUUACUUAUAUUCUUCUUCCUGCAGCACGGAAGAAGUACGCAUUGGAGUUCGAACCGAUGGGUCGACUAGCAGCAGAAACCUUUGAGGCGUUGCUGACAAUGCUGGUUCUUACCAAUGGCGGCCAGCAAAUGCUGGCGGACAGUGUUGACUUGGAAAGCCUGCCAACUGCCAUGGAGCCCGUGACCAUGUCUACAACCUGGACGCAGCUCAGUACAGCCACACCUCUUCACCGCCUGAUCGUGAAGUUGCCGCGCUUCCGACAACUGUGGGGCCCAUUAGCCGGAGCUCUUCUGCGCAGAGCCGGCUCGGCGUUGCUACAAGUGCCGGCAAAUGGAGCCAUUGGGCUUCGAGUUCCAGGAAUCGUAUGCGGUGGCGAACAUCAGCGGAAGAAGGUACCAGGUCCCUCGCGGUGGCUGCUGUCCACAUGGGAGCUGCCAGAGGAUGACCCGGAGGGUACUCCAUACAAGCGGGACGAGGUGCACUUACAGGGAUUCCUGGUGCCUGGUCGUGUGGAGGUGUACAAUGCCUUUGGUCAAACUGGCCGGGAGAACGCUGCCAUUCUUGGUAGGAGCUCUGACCUGUUCUUUGACAUGACAUCAACUGCUCCUGUCCAAGCUGGCGCUGACUUGGUGCUCCAAGCACAAGGUGCUGGGCCAGAUGGCUUUAAGCUGUUCAGUGAGGGGGCAGAAUUGUGGCUGCUGGACGACGAUGGGGUCAACAUGGAACGGAAAAUUGGACAGUGGUACUGUGCGGGCAUGCGGAGCCUCUUCGACCCAGACAACGAAACCGCCGCAAACAUGACCAAGGACAUGUACUUGCCUCACCCUUCAGCCUGCGAGUGGAACAUAACGCGGGAAGACAUGCUUCGGAACUUCGACCGGAGUGAUGCAAACGCAGCGCGUGUUGCAGACACGCUGGUGCUUGGAAUCAAUGAGGCAGCUCCUGUCACCAGCAAACUCCGCAUCAUAUUCCAGGUGCGCACACCAGAGGACAGAACAAACUUCCUUCAGGAGCGCUGGCACAUCACCGUGCAGAUCUACAAUCAAAGCACGCAAGUGCUAGAAAUCAUCAGUACGAACGAUGGUGCACCUGUGCCCCUGUCAGUUGUCACGCAACUUCCCACAGAGCCGCCGCCAGAGCCCUCGCAUCUGUCGCCCCUGGCACGGAUCGAGGUAGUCUUCCAGCUCGAUCCGCUCGAUACAGGAGCCGAGGCCUUUGUUCUCACUGCUCCGAUUGGCUACAGCUUUGUUCACCCAUGCCGCGUACCCUUUGAGGAGAACAAGACCAACAAUGUUCCGCAGAUGCGCUGUUUGCCACUGCCACCAGCAAAUGGCCUAAGCCGUGCACGUGUGGACUGCGAGGUAGACCCGGCAGUUCGCACGACAGGGCUAGGAACCGAGUGCCUUCGUGACGCCGCCGCAGUUGUCUAUGCAGAGUCGCCUGAGUCCACUGUGCCGGACGUGCAAAAUGUGUGGUUCGUCGAAGCUGUCGCGCUGGUAGGCUCUAACUAUACGUCGGUGGGCAACCGGCUUGGAAGAGGCACAUUCACGGGUUUCGAGGUUGUGGACAUGGACGUCCAGGUGGUCUAUGGAGCCCUGGCUUCUAUACCUGUAGAUGUUGGCCUUGCGUUCCAGAGCCGCGUGGACCUUCCGCGGUUCGGCCAGGUCGUCGUCGAGGGACCUCGUGACCUGCAGCAAUUUGGCUGCGAGAACAAGCGAGGGCGGGUUUUGCCCGUGUCCCUGGGGCCCCUGGCAAGAUGCGAAACAUCGGUAAACCCACCAACCGUAACCCUCACCUUGAACCAGAGUUUGCCCAGCAGCCUCCACGUGGUCAUUGUGCCCGCAGAGACCUCACGACGGGACCCGAUGCCCUCUCGCAAUGUCUUCAACGUUUUCCUCAGAGAUCCUGAUGGCCGAAAUAUGGAUGUCUCAUUGAAAGUUCCUGGCGAACCGAUUGUGCAGGGUGUCCGAGCAAGUGUCUUGCCAUUCUGGUGGACGGAGCUGAAGCAAUAUGACGAUUUCUUUGACGUCACGGUUCCGGUGGAGAUCUUGGACGAUGUGGACAUCGACCUGUGGGGCAUUUUGGUCGACUUUCCGAAGGAUCCAGACUUCCAACUUCAUGACCUGGAUGUUCAGGUCUCUACGGCCUUUGGUGUGGGCGCUUACAUUCAGGAGGCUGCACCCUUUGUCGGACAAGCAGGCUCGCAAUGCUGUGAUAGUCGAUACAUGCUUGGUUCUGUUCAGGGACAUCUAGUCCCCAACAACGUUCUGCUCAAGAGCCGUCUGCCAGCCUUGCUGCGUGACCAGGUGGCAAUCAACUUCUUGUGCGAUUAG